AUGUCAUCUUUGAAUCAUCCUAUACCUCCUAACUCAACACUCGUAACAACUGCAAGUUCAAAUCAAAGUGGAUCAAAUGAUUUUGUUAAAAAAUUAUUUUUAAUGCUUCAAGAAGAUAAUUAUAAAAAUAUUGUAAAAUGGACUAAAAAUGGUGAUAGUUUUGUUGUUUUAAAUACAAAUAAUUUUACAAAAGAUAUAUUACCACGUCAUUUUAAACAUUCUAAUUUUGCAAGUUUUGUACGUCAAUUAAAUAAAUAUGAUUUUCAUAAAGUUAAAAUUCCAAAUGAUGCAAAACUGACUUAUCCAUAUGGUGAAGAUGCAUGGGAAUUUAAACAUCCAAAUUUUAAAAUUAAUGAUCGAGAAUCUUUAGAAAAUAUUAAGAGAAAAGGUCCAACUACUAAAAAAAAUUCAAAUGGUUCAAAAACCAAUCUGAUAUCAGUUGAAGAAAAAGAAAUUAAAAAAGAACCAACUGCAGAAUUAAAUCAACAAUCAAAUGGUAAUCAUAUGUGUAAUUUGUAUUUUAAUCAAUUAAAUACUUCACAAAAUCAUUUAAAAGAUCAAUUAAAUCAAUUAAAAGAUAGUAAUCAAAUGUUAAAUCAAGAAAUAAAUAUUUUACAAAGAAAAUAUAAAACUCUUGUGGAACAUAUAGUAUCAAUAAAUUCUUUUAAUGAAAGAUAUCAUCGUUCAAUAAGUGUAUUAAUGAAUGUUUUAUUACAAUCAGGUAUAAAAAUUCCACCUUUAGAUUUCCCACCACCUCUAAAUGUUGGUGGUAAUUUCAAAUUACAAGAUUCACCAACUUUUCCAAAUUUAUCAUCAACAUCAUUACCAAGUAUAUCUCAUCAUUUACAACAAUCUUCACCGAGAAUGAAUCAAUCACCAAUAGUUCCACAGUUAGUUCCCCCACAUAUUCCACCUCAUAUAAAUAGAUCAAUGUCUAUAAAUUCUCAACAACAACAACAACAGCAACAACAGCAACAACAGCAACAAUCAUAUCCAGUGACGAGUCCGGUUAGUGGGCUAGUUUCUUUAAGUCGGCAGCUGUCUAUACAUCAACCACAAAAACCACCUUCGCAAUCAAAUGAUCAAACUCCAACUUCUACUCCGAAUUUAAAUCAGGAACUUAUACAACCAUCUCCAAAACCAGUAUCACCAUUAACUAGUUCAACUGCAUCACCAAAUGCUGCUGCUGCCGCCGCCGCUGCUGCAGCUGCUGCUUCUGUUGUAAAUAACAACCCAGUCCCAAAUUCAACAAUUAAUAUUACAAAUAUACCGAAUCCAAAAUUUAAUGUUUUAUUAGUUGAAGAUGAUAAUGUUUGUAUUCAAUUAUGUAGAAAAUUUUUGGUUAAAUAUGGAUGUCAAGUAACUGUUGUUACAGAUGGUUUAAAUGCAAUAUCAACAGUUGAAAAUACAAAAUAUGAUUUAGUUUUAAUGGAUAUUGUAAUGCCAAAUUUAGAUGGUGCAACAGCAACAAGUGUUAUUAGAUCUUUUGAUACAAAAACUCCAAUUAUUGCAAUGACUGGUAAUAUAGAAGAUAAUGAUUUAGUUACUUAUUUACAAAAUGGUAUGAGUGAUAUUUUAGCAAAACCUUUUACAAAAGAUGAUUUAUAUUCAAUAUUAUCAAAACAUUUAUUAAAAGAAGAACCAGAAACUAAAAAGCCAAGAUUAGAAUAA